AUGGUGUCAUUUAGUAGUGCUUUCUUCAUGGCGUAUUACCAUGGUACAAUGUGGGUUCCUAUCUUCAUAACUUCACUUGCGAUUUUACCAAUAACCGUGUUUGUAUUUCUGCAGUAUCCUCUCUGGUAUGACAUAUUGUAUUCCACCUACAUUUGUGGUUCUCUGUAUAGACCAAAGCAAAUUAUACGCCAAUAUGUAAGAACUGUUCAGAGUGAGUUCUCUGCUUCACGUCAAAGGACUUUAGAUAGAGCUUAUGAUGAUCUCAGAUAUGUAAGUUCCAACCUUGGAGUGAACGAUGAUAAUAUGGCCAACCAAGCAUUAGCUUUCUAUAGAAUAGCACUUGAAAGGAGUUUCACCAGGGGACGAAGAUCAGAGCAUGUACAGGCUGCUUGUCUAUAUAUUGCAUUCCGGUAA